CUCGUGUGCCCGUGGUUUUUCAACACGAGAGGAUGUGCCUGUGACAAACCCGCCUACGCUAUAACGGCUUCAACGACUUUCCCAAAGGAGAAAGCAGCAAAUCCAACUAUCUCAAAGCUCCCCUUUGCCCCCUUUCCCUUUCCAUCUAAUCACUGAUUCUCACUCGGAUACUCCUGAAAUUGUCACCCAAAUCUGUCACCUGUUGAAAAAAAAAAAAAAUUGGUGGGUUCAGUCGGUAGUUUCUGUUCUAAACAAUCCCACCAAAAUCGACUUUGAAUCUUACUGAACACCUAACUGGGUGGGCAGAAUCAGAACAAUUUGGCAAAAUACAUCAACAUCGAUCCUCUUGUUGUGUUUCUGAGAUUUUAGGCAUGAAUUACUUGUACCCAGUGAAGGAAGAGUACCCGGGCGGGUCGAGUUCAUCGCAGCGGAGCGGGGAUCCUCUGAUGACGGUGGCUCCACCGCAGCCGAUGGAGGGGCUGAAUGACACCGGGCCUCCUCCAUUUCUGAACAAGACUUAUGACAUGGUGGAUGACCCGAGUACUAAUCGGAUAGUCUCGUGGAGCAGAGGAGGGGGCAGCUUUGUGGUUUGGGACCCUCAUUCGUUUGUGAUGAACCUCCUGCCUAGAUACUUCAAGCACAAUAAUUUCUCCAGCUUUGUCAGGCAGCUUAACACUUACGGCUUUAGAAAGGUUGAUCCGGAUAGGUGGGAGUUUGCCAAUGAAGGAUUUUUAAGGGGUCAGAAGCAUCUCCUAAAGAACAUUAGGAGAAGGAAGACACCUUCUCAGCCUAUUCCAGCACACCAAGCGCUAGGCCCUUGUGUGGAAGUAGGCCGGUUUGGGCUAGACGGAGAAGUUGAUCGUUUGCGACGUGACAAGCAGGUUCUCAUGAUGGAGUUGGUGAAGCUUAGACAGCAGCAGCAGGGUACUAGAGCUUGCCUUCAAGCCAUGGAACAAAGGCUAAAAGCGACAGAAAUGAAGCAGCAACAAAUGAUGGCUUUCCUGGCCAGGGCACUGCAGAACCCGGCUUUCCUGCAGCAGCUAGUCCAACAUAAGGAGAAACGGAAGGAGCUUGAAGAAGCUGUGACUAAGAAAAGGAGAAGGCCGAUUGAUCAAGGCCCUAGUGGCUUUGGUGGUGGUGAAACUAACCAAAGGGGCAAAGGAAUUAACCCUGUUAAAGCUGAGCCUCUUGAAUUUGGAGAUGGCGAGUAUGAAAUGUCGGAGCUAGAAGCGCUUGCAAUGGAAAUGCAAGGAUUUCAUAAGGCAAGAAAGGAGCCGGAGGAAGAGUCAGAGCCCCUGGAAAUUGGGGAUAAAGAGCUUGAUGAAGGAUUUUGGGAUGAACUAUUUAGCGAGAGGUUUGAGGGGGACUUAAGCAUACCAUGUGAUGAAAUAGGUGAUGACGAAGAUGUCAUUAUCUUGGCUGAUCGCUUAGGUUACUUAGGUUCAAGCCCAAAUUAGAACAGCUAAACUUCUUCUGCAUUGCUAUCUCUCCUCUUCAGUACACUGCCUCAGUGACCAUUUCUUUCGGGUAGGAGGCUAUGGCCUUCAGUAGUUGUUUCAUCGUUUUUCAUUCCCUCCCGUCCUCUCUCCUUCUCUUUCUCUUUCUCUUUCUCUUUCUCUUUCUCCUUCUCUUUCUCUUUCUCUCUCUCUCUCUCUCUCUCUCUCUCUCUCUCUCUCUCUUUCACUUUGCGUCGCUAGAGUCUCUUCAAGUCUGUGCCAUUUGGCCAUAACUGUCAUCUGGAAUUGUUUCUUGGUAAUAUUGACAGGAUAGGGGGAUUAGCACAAGCUGUUUAUCUGGGGAAACCAACUUUGUUUCUGGUGUUUCUAACCCUGCAUUUAAUUGCUUAUUGUCUCCUUUUCGCAUCUAAUAAUGCCCUUUUCUUCUCUCUUUAUCUUGGUUAGGUUGCAGGCAUUGCUUGGACAGAAUCUGUGCUAGUUUUUAUCAUGAUUUAUCUCCUCAAGGUUCUUGUUUAUUUCAUAUCACUGAAACCACUGUUCCAUGUAUCACGCAUACAUCCAAUGCAUUAUUUGUCUCUGCCUGUUGUAUUCUUUUUUUACUGGCCUCUUAAAUGAAUGUAGAUUGUUGAUUAUUCAGAAGCUGUUGAACUUGAAAAGGAGUAGCUGCAAGCUCCAAGAACCAUAAACAUAAUAUUGUUUAUGGAUGGAUCCAAGUGAUCAUUGGUAGCUAAUUUUAUUUUUCUGUUACUGCAUUGCCUACUAUCUUUAGUAAGAUAUAAAGAGGUGUUACAUUUGUACCAUGUAGAUCUUUUCGUGCGAAACUUGGUUCUCUCUGUCACUA